AUGCCGUUUGUGUCAAAUCCCUAUGCGCCUUAUCCUCCGAACACGACCCCGUUUCCUCCUGGACCGCCAGCUAUGGCCCCGCCACACAUCGGUUAUAUUCCUGGAGUGGUACCAAAUCCUUACGGACAGCAGCCGAGGUAAUU